UGCACCUUUUGCAUGCAACUCGAGAGAAGAAGAUUAUCUCGCGCGAUAUUGAUCAAGUUUUCACACAGAAGUUCAACUUCAGAUCAUACAACCACGAGAGGAGCACGAGGGAGUUGUGUCAGUAUAUAUUUGUUCGAUAUACAAUCUACUGUUGGGUAAUGGACAAUCGUGGCAAAGCAAAAAGAACUCGAAAGAGGAAAAUCUUCAAUGACUUUGUUAAUGACUUGGACCUUGAAAACGACAGUGACAUGACUGACAUUGAGUUAACCCAGCUUAGUCAAAGUCUUCUGCCAGCAAAAAAACGAAAAACAGAGUCUAAUCCAAAUAAAAACAAACAAGCUGUUAAAAGGACUGUGUCCUAUCCAGAUCCUCCUCCAAAAUACAAACAUCCAAAACCCAUGCCAGGUCAACACAAACCAAAUAAAGAUGUUGCAAAUUCUACAAACAAUAAAAAAAAAGAAGAUCAACUUUUGUGUCCAACACACUUGGAUGAGACGUGCCCGACCCCUGUCUUUGUCUACCCUACGUUAAGUUGUGAUAGCACACUUCAUGACAAUAAACAUCAGUAUCAAGAUGGUGUUAUUGAUCUAUACCCUAGAAUAAUCAAUGACACCAUGAGACGGUCACAUAAUGAACAGCCAUCUUCCAGAAAUCAGGAAACGUUCUACAGGCCACCGUGGACAACUGAAAGAGUAUUGUCUACAGUCCCAAAUUCUGGAUUGACGCCCCAGUCAGUCCCAGAGGGCACCGCAGUCCCAGAGACACCCCAGUCCCAGACACCCAGUCCCAGAGGGCACCGCAGUCCCAGAGGACACCGCAGUCCCAGAGGGCACCGCAGUCCCAGAGGGCACCCAGAGGGCACCGCAGUCCCAGAGGACACCCCAGUCCCAGAGGACACCCCAGUCCCAGAGUCCCAGACACCCCAGUCCCAGAGGGCACCCCAGUCCCAGAGGGCACCGCAGUCCCAGAGGGCACCGCAGUCCCAGAGGGCACCGCAGUACCAGUGGACACCCCAGUCCCAGAGGGCACCCCAGUCCCAGUCCCAGAGGGCACCCCAGUCCCAGUCCCAGAGGGCACCCCAGUCCCAGUCCCAGAGGGCACCCCAGUCCCAGUCCCAGUCCCAGAGGGCAUCCCACUGUUCACAUAACGAACAGCCAUCUGCCAGACGGAGAAUUUAUGAUUCGUUCUCCAGGCCAUCUGGGGCAACCGAAAGAGUAUUGUCUCCUGUCCCAAAUUCUUCACGGGCGCCCCAGUCCCAGAGGACACCCCAAUCCCAGAGGACACCCCAGUCCCAGAGGACACCCCAGUCCCAGAGGGCACCCCAGUCUGCAUCGAGGAGUGAGCACAGACCUGACGGUGGUACCAGACCCUCAAAGAGUGCCUACCCCAUGUCAACCACAAAAUUUCAAAGGAAGGUCUUUUCAAUGUUGUUCGAUUUGAAAGAUCAACUUAAGCAAAUAGUUGGCAUUCUGGACCCUGGCAGGUCUACAACAUCUCUAAAGAAGAUGGAUUCAGAGAGUGACCUAAAACUCUUUGAAGAAUCCAUCAAAGAUGUUGAUGUCAAGUUGAUCUGUGUCCAGCAACUGUCCAGAGUUGGUGGAUAUUCUGUUCGCGACUGUGUGAACAAAGUUAUGAACAGAAUGAUGACAAAUGCUCUCAUGUCCAAAUUUAAUAUGAGGGGUGGUGGCCAGCUUGGGAAAAAGCCAUUUAAAGCCACACCUUUAUAUGACAUUAUUCAAGAUGCUGUGAAGAGGUGGAGCCCAAACACAACAGACUCUGAAAUAGAUGCAGCAAUGGGGGAACACCUCAAGCACGCUCCAGGAAGAGCUGGGGGUGGAGGAUAUAAACAAUGAGCCAAACCACUGUAAUGUGUUUGAGGGAUAGUUCACCCAAAAAUGAAAAUGUUCAUUUUCUCAACCUCAUGUUUCAAACCUGUAUAACUUUCUAAUUUCGUUUGAUCACAAAGAUAUUUGGAAGAAUGUAACUAAGCAGAUCUCGCCGCCUUAACUAUCAUAAUAUAUUUUUUUUCUAUAAUGGUAGUUAAUGGGUUGUGAGAUCUGCUUGGUUACAAACAUUCUUCCAAAUAUAUUUGUGAUCAACAGAACAUAGAAAGGUAUAGAGGUUUGAAACAUGAGGGUGAGUAAAUGACAGAAUUUUCAUUUUUGGGAGAACUAUCCCUUUAUAUGAUUCAGGAUUUUGUACUUGUUUUAAUUUGGUUAACAGAAACCGUUCCAAAAAAUUAAUUGUGUUAAAUCAGAACAUGCUUCUUUUUUGCUUAUGUCUACAAAUAAUGUGUUAUUUGUGAUGACCUUUUGUCAAGUUAAACCUCAAGACAUAAUUAAUUGCCUUUCACGAUGUUACACAAUGGGUGUGUGAUUAUUUUAUAAUAAGGCUUAUAUAUACACUUAAAAUAUGCAGCAACACAUUUGCACGUCCAGAAGACGACACAUUUAGACGUCCAGAAGACGACACAUUUAGACGUCCAGAAGAGGACACAUUUACACGUCCAGAAGACGACACACUUAGACGUCCAGAAGACGACACAUUUAGACGUCCAGAAGACGACGCAUUUACACGUCCAGAAGACGACGCAUUUAGACGUCUAUGGACGUGCAGAAAAGACGUGCAGUUCACUUCCAGAAGACGUCAAAGACGUCGGUUCAACUUUCAUUUUGGAACUAUUUUUCAACCAUGACGGGACGUGUCGGACGGACGUCUUUUCAACGGUCAAUAGACGUCCGAAUGUUUGCUGGGUAGUUCUCUUUCUCCCAGAAGAAAAAAAUCAGUGCCAUCGUUCUAUCAGCUGGCUAAUGUGUACUGACGUGCCCGGACACCAGACCAACUGAUGAGCUCUUGCCCUGCAUUUAACAAUCCCUUGCUUGCCCUCGUGAAGAAUCUUCAGCAUCUCUUGCCUCAUAGAACUGAGUAUGACAAUCCUUUGUCAAAAUGAGACAAAAUGAAAUUCUCUCGCUCCUGCCAGUAUGGCCACAGCUCUUUUGACAGGUAACUUUUCUUUGGCCACCCUGAUAAAUAGUACAGAUUUUUGGAUUUUCUCAUAGAUUAAGUCAACUUUUUGUUCACCAAUUAUUUGUUUCAGCCUUGUUUCUGUAGCUGGCAAGCUGGCAACAGAAUCAACAAACACCUUCGGAUCUGCAUCAUGCUCUAUUUUCUUCUUCAGAGAGUGUGUGCUUAACAGGUGCUUUUUGACAGUACAGCUGCUUUCAUCAGCUGCUUUCCGGGAACAUGGAUUAUAUCAUUAUCAAAAUGCAUCAGUCUUAGAUGAAAUCUUAAGACCUAAGGAGGGAGUUGGUCUAAUGCUACGGUACUCAUCAAAGAGACUAAAGGCUUGUGAUAUGUUUCAAGUGUGAACUUUGGAAGACCAGCAGAUAGCCAUGCUUUUGCAUGCCCACAUAGGCACGUCCUGAUAUUGCUGAGUUAGAUGCGUUCCUGGGUCAACAUGUUUUGUUGAACCUGGAACAACGUUCUAGUCUGAAAAUUUAGUCUUAACCCUAUUCCUACCCCUAAACCUAACCCUACCCAUAAGUUAUCCCAAAAAUCAGAGGGAAAUGAUAGAUGAAUAAAACUGAUGUAGAAGCACCAAUUCA